AUGCUUAUUUCAUGGAAACUAUUCCUAACGUUCAAUAUAGCUACAUAUCGCGCGGCGUUUCUGCGCGUGUAUGUUUUGCUCGUUUACUCUAUCAGAACCGGCAAAAUGGACGAUAUAGCACUCCGAGUAUCUGAUCAUGUUUUAGAAGUGAUUUUUUCUUAUUUAGACUUGCAUACGUUGAGAAACUGUUCGUUAGUGUGCAAGCGAUGGAAUCGUUUCUUAAAUGAUGAGAAUAAUGAUGCGUGGAGAAUGCAUUGCAUCAGAAAGUUAGCCCAAGAAGCACUUAGUUCCGAUUUAUUAUCAUCGGUGCCUACUUAUAAAUCAAAGCUCCGUGCAUUUUAUCAUGCAUGGAAUCCUAAUGACUGCUCUCGUAAUAUUUAUAUUAGGCCCAAUGGAUUCACUAUGCACAGGAAUCCAGUUGCUCAAAGCACAGAUGCCUGUAGAGGUAAAAUUGGUUUUCGACAUGGACGUCAUGCCUGGGAAGUUAUUUGGGAAGGACCUCUGGGCACAGUGGCAGUAAUAGGAAUAGCUACAAGAGAAGCACCUUUAUUAUGUCAUGGAUAUGUAGCAUUAGUUGGUUCUGAUGAGCACUCAUGGGGAUGGAAUCUUGUAGAUAAUCAUCUACUACACAAUGGAAAUGUACAAGGAAAUUAUCCUUUACUUAACAAUGCUCCAAAAUAUCAGGUUGGGGAAAGAAUUAGGGUAAUAUUAGAUUGUGAUGAUAAUACAUUAUCUUUUGAAAGAAAUUAUGAAUUUUUGGGAGUGGCAUUUAGAGGAUUGCCAGACAAAAGAUUAUACCCAUCUGUAUCUGCUGUAUAUGGAAAUACAGAAGUAUCUAUGGUAUACUUAGGACCACCUCUAGAUGGCUAACACUUUAUUUCUAAUAGAAACAUAUCUUCAAAAGUUUGAUAAAAUUUGGAUGCAAAAUUUUCUGCAUCAUACCAAAAUGUCUACUAUGAAGUAGAACAAGCACACCAAUGAACUGUAUGAUACUCUUUAAGAGAGAUGUGUGCCUGUUCAUUCAGUCAAUAACAUUGUAAAUAGUAUUAGCAUUCCAUUUCAAUCGAUAAAUUCAUGGUAGUGCUUUAUACAAUGCUAACAGUUAUAAGUUACUCAACAAUCAACAUUAAUAAAUUCAUUUCAUUUAAAUCAUAUAUCUGCUAAUAGUGCUAAAACUGAUCUGUACAUUUUAUAAUGAAAUUUCCCGUUUAAAUUUUAUAUUUGAAAGUAUCUUUAUACACGAAAGUUGAGUGACAUAUUACUGAUUUUGAAAUAAAUGUAAAAAUAUUCUUAAGUUAGACGAUGUGUGAAAAGAAGUUCCUUCACGAAUUACAUAUGUUCUUUAAGAGAACAUAAAUUGAAUUAUUUUAUUAUUCUGAAAUCUUAAAUCAUAUAGAUUAUAAUUUUUAAGUAAUAUUUAUGCACAGAGAAAUAAGUUCUUUGUUUUUCCUUACAGUAUUAAUAUUUGAGUCUUCGUAAAAAUAUUUUGCUUUAUAUGAAAUCUAUUCAUAUGCCAAUAAAAUGGCAAAUUCUUAUUUGUUUAUAAAAUAGUCAUAUAUUUAAUUUAU